UUUAUUCACGUGAAAGCACAUAAGAAGACAUAAAUCUUUCUCCUAAAACCCCUAGAAACAUGUCUAAUCUCUCCUCUUCGUCUUCCUCUCCGAUUCUCUUAGCUUAUCACAACCAGACAGUAAGAAAUCUACUGAAAGAGACUGAAGAUAAUGCAAGAACCUGCUGAUUCUGAGUCUGAAUCAGAAAGGAGAAGAAGAGUUGCAGAACAAACUCAAUCUCCUCUUCAAUGGCUCUCACUAGCAUCUUCUCUUCUCUUCUCUCAUUCAUUCUAAUCUCCAAUCUAUUGGUCUCCGCAGCAAAGUCUUCGCCUUCAUCUCAAGACAUCAAGAUCCAAGAACAAGACAGAGACCCAUUCGUCGGUUUCAACAUCGGCACCGACGUCACCACCCUGCUCCCUCCUCCACAACUCGUCAAGUUCCUCCAAACCCAGAAAAUAAACCACGUCCGCUUAUACGACGCCGACCCAGAUCUCCUCAAAGCGCUCUCCAACACCAAGAUCCGCGUCGUGAUCAGCGUCCCGAACAACCAGCUCCUCGCCAUCGGCUCCUCCAACACCACCGCCGCUUCGUGGAUCGGCCGCAACGUCGUCGCUUACUACCCCGAGACGUUAAUCACCGCCAUCUCCGUCGGUGACGAGGUCUUGACAACCGUCCCUUCUUCCGCUCCUCUUCUUUUACCCGCCAUCGAGUCUCUCUACAACGCUCUCGUGGCCUCGAAUCUCCACGCUCGGAUCAAAGUCUCCACUCCUCACGCCGCUUCCAUCAUGCUCCAGACGUUCCCUCCUUCUCAGGCUUACUUUAACCAGACGUGGCGCUCGGUUAUGGAGCCCUUGCUUCGGUUCUUGUCAAGAACCGGUUCUCCUCUCAUGAUGAAUCUCUACCCUUACUACGUCUAUAUGCAGAACAGAGGCGCGGUUCCUUUAGAUAACUGUUUGUUUAAACCUUUGACUCCUGCUAAAGAGAUGGUUGAUCCCAACACUCUGCUGCAUUACACUAACGUCCUCGACGCGAUGGUGGACGCUGCUUACGUGUCGAUGAAGAAUCUCAACGUCUCUGACGUGGCUGUGCUUGUGACCGAGACGGGUUGGCCUUCGGGAGGUGAUUCAAAGGAGCCUUAUGCCACUGUAGAUAACGCUGAUACGUAUAACUCGAACCUGAUCAAGCAUGUGUUCGAGCGGACCGGUACUCCUCUGCGCCCCGAGGUGACGCCGAGUGUGUAUAUCUACGAGCUGUUUAACGAGGAUAAGAGGGCGCCUCCGGUUAGUGAAGCUAGCUGGGGGAUGUUCUAUGGGAACUCUACGCCGGUUUAUUUGCUUCACGUGUCUGGAAGUGGGACUUUUUUGGCGAAUGAUACGACGAACCAGACGUACUGCGUUGCUGUGGAUGAGGAUGGGGUUGAUGUGAAGACGCUUCAGGCUGCGUUGGAUUGGGCUUGUGGGCCGGGGAGAGCUAAUUGUAGCGAGAUUCAGCCUGGGGAGAGUUGUUAUCAGCCGAAUGAUGUGAAGGGGCAUGCUUCUUUUGCUUUUAAUAGUUAUUACCAAAAGGAAGGGAGGGGUUAUGGUUCUUGUGACUUUAAAGGUGUUGCAAUGAUCACUACUACAGACCCAAGUCAUGGAAGCUGCAUUUUCCCAGGAAGCAAGAAGGUGGGAAACCGAACACAAACGGUGGUGAAUUCAACCCAAGUCGCCGGGAGUGAAGCCUUCUCAAGGAGUCUCUCAAGAGGCUUCUGCGUUAGUAUUAUGAUUCUUGUAACUUGUAUUUUGUUACCUUUCUGGUGAUUGUUCAUUUUUCCACGGUGAGUGACAAUUCUCUAGGUUCAUAAAAGCUGAUUUCUAUGAAGUUCUAGAUUUAUAAACAUUCUAUUUUAUCAUUUUUAUGUAAUUUGUUGUUUUGUUCA